AUGAGCCAAAGGAUAGAAAGAAGCUCAACGCUACAAACAAACUCCUUCAAAUGCAUAAUAAUAAAUAUACACUUUGGGACAGAUUCAAACAUUUUGUUUGUGGAAAUCAGCACUCAAUGGUGAAAUUGAAUUUUAUGUUUGCAAUACCUGAACAAGAUUAUGAAGGAGACACAAUUAAGCAGCACAUACUUGAGCGUGAACUGCAACAAGGACUACUCAUGGAAUCAGUUACAGGCAAUAUUGAAUUCGAGUUUGUUGAUGAUAUUGGUAGUGAUAUAAAAAAUGUGAAAGAACUUGGAGCUGAAAGAAGAAAAAUAAUAAGAUAUAGUUUAAAAUCGUUAAUAGCCAAUAUAAUACACAACCCAGGGAGCCACGAUGUUACAUUUGAGCAUACAUGUCAAAUGGUAGGAUUGUACUUAAGUAUCAAGUUUGCAGACAACUACUCAACUUCUGCUGUUGUUACACCUCCGCCUGACAAUACUUGUGUCAUAAGCAAUGGAACUACAGUCUUGCUAUCUUGCAAAUAUAUCACUUGGCGUAAAAGACUUUUACGUCUUGUAGAUAAAGAUAACCAUGAAACAUAUGGGGAAGACAUACUUCUAUCUGUAUUACGUACUUAAAUGUACUUGCAGUUUAAAUUUUUAGUAUAUUUGCACACUAGUAUAAAAAAUUGUCUAGUAAUUUAAUGUACCGCACAAUAAAAUAUC